AUGUAUUUAAAAACUAGAUUGAUUUGUUUUCAUGGAAGACAGAGUUUUUCUUCGGAAAUGGAGAAAAAUCUAUGGAGAACGAUGAAAUACCGAUUUUUUUUCUUGAAGGGAAUAGAUCCUGUAUGGAGGGGGAGAAGGUAUUGUUUUUUAUCUUUAAAUCAAGAAAAAAGAUUAGAUUUUGAUGAUAAAAAUGAGAAAAAACGAAGAUGGAAUUAUUUUUUGAAAAAUAUAAUUAGGAGACAUUAUUCUCGGACAAUUUUUUCGCAAAAGUAUUCUUAUAGUGUAUCAAAAGUAUUUGAAACUGGUUUAUUUAAAAUAAAGGGAAUUUUUGGGAAUUUUGGGUUAUUUUUUAAAAGUCGAAAUCUAGUAGCUAAUUAUUCCGAAUUGUCUUCGUAUAAAUUUCCAUUAAGAGCGCCAUCUAUCACAGAAACAUAUAGACCUACAAAAGAAGUGUUAUUAUCUAGUACUUCUGGCUUUUUUGGACGUUUAAAAAUUAGAAUGAAAUAUCGUUUAAUGAGACAAAUACGCCCAUUUAACAUUGAUGAUAUCAGUGCUAUGUUUACAUGGCUUAUUGCAUGUAAUAUUCUUUGGAUCAUUGUUGGUACAACUACAUUUUUUUCUCUGGUCUUAGCUGCUGCAAAUAGUGUUUUUGCACAAGAAUAUCUAGCUACUAAAAUUGGCGAAUACCUUACUAAAGAAACAGGUAUUACUGUAUUAUUUGAGUCAGCCAUUGUUCCAAAGUGGAAAGAUGGAACAAUUUCCUUUAGAAAUGUCUUUAUUUCUAGGAGUCCAUAUAAUCAAAAUUUGAAAAAUAAUGUUAGAAAGGGGAUAAUUUCAGAAAUAUCUGGCGUAAUAACUGAAAAUACUACUAAUUCUUUUGAUUUUUAUCCAGAAAAAGAAUCUAAUUAUACUCAAUUUCAUUUGAUAAUUGAAAAUAUUGAUGUAGUUUUUUCUUUUGUCAAAUGGUUUAGUGGAACGGGUAUUAUUAAAGACAUAGAUAUAAAGGGUGUUAGAGGUGUUAUAGAUAGUUCAAAUAUCAAUCUAGAUAAUGAUGCAUCUCCUCUAAGUCCAAAAUUUCUUAGAAAAAAUCGUCAAUCAAGUAGUUUUGAAAUUGAAAACUUUCGACUUAAGAAUGUUUUAGUAACAGUUUUCCAAUCUAAAAACUUUCGGCCAUUUACAGUUAGUAUUUAUAAUUGUGAACUUCCAAGGCUUAGGAAACAAUGGUUAUUGUAUGAUAUUUUAAAUGCAAAUACGAUAUCUGGUUCUUAUGAUAAUUCUCUUUUUACGUUACAUCCACAUCAAACAUUUCUUAGUAAUAUAGAUGAAAAAAAGGACAAGGAAGCUAAAAAGACUCGUCUUCGAAUAGAUAAUGUAAAUAUAGAUCAUAUAAAUAAAGGCAUUGAAGGGCCCAUUGGAUGGAUCACUUAUGGAUAUGUUGAUUUUAUUUUAGACUUUGUAUUUCCUAAUGAAAACGAAAAUAUAAAUUUUAUGAAAGCUAUGCAUAAUAUUAUUGAUAAUAUUGAGACUAUAUUUAUAAAGCAAGAAAAUGAAGGGGAAAAAGGCGCAUUUAUAUUACAGGAUACGAUAAAUGAAACGUCCCCUGAAUUACUCCGAGAAUUAGUUCAAAUUAGAGAUUUUAAAAAUUCACAAAUAGUUAGUACUAAAGAUAUUAUAAUUGAUAUUAAAGUAGCGUUACAUGGAGUGAAAGCAAAUGUUCCAUUAUUUAAAAAACAAUUAUCAUAUGUUAGUAAUGCACUUAUUCGUCCUAUUGUGGCAUAUAUUAAUUCACAUAAUACAUACAUAUCCGUUGCUUGUAAAGUAAUAAAAAACUUGGAUGAUUUUAAUGGUAGUUGGACCAUUUAUGAUAGUGAGUUAAUAAAUGAACUUUCAAAGGAGAUUUAUAAUGCAUUUGCCAAUAUUGUAAUGAAUCAAGAUGUUAAGCGACAUUAUAUACGGACUAUUUCAGCUUGGUCACUUGAAAUGGCAAUUCAUGCAUUUUUAACAAGUUUGAUUGGCAUUAUUCAUCCAGUAUAGGUUCAUUCUUGAUAUAAUAACAUUUUAUAAUUUAUAAAAUUAUGACUAUCUUUUGUUUAUAAAAAUUAAACCAUUUGAGGCUAAUUUUUAUACAGCAGAAUUAAAUAAGGACAUCUGAUGUUUCUAGAUAGAUUUUAGAGAAAAAAAGAUAUUUUGGAAGAUAUCAUAUAUUUUUUGAUGAAUAUUCUUUUGACACGAAAUGAAUGUCUCUUUGCAAGCAUUUUUCUGACGGCUUAUCUUGUAUUUCUGAGGAAGAUGUAUUUUUCUCUUCGUUUCUAGUCAUUUUUAGUGUUUCUAACUCUUUCCAUGUUUGUAACUCUUCUGGUAGAUUUGAUCCAUAAUAAUCUUUAAUGCCCACAUAAUUUAUCAAUUUAUCUAAUAAAUAUGGAUUUUGGGACGAUGUUGAAUUAUCAAGAUUUUCGUUUAAAUGGAUGUUUCUUUCUUUUAACAUUCGGAAAUGUUCAAAUUUCUUUUCCAGUAUUGGAGAUGGAUUCCCUGGUGGUGAUGCUGGAAGGUUCCAAAACUUAGGAGCGGUGUAUUGGCGAAUAGCUUCUCUCUCUGAGAACAUUUGAUCCGGAAUUUCAAAGGACUUUCUAGAUGUUGUAGGCUCAUUUAUAUGGGUUUGAGUCAUAUUUGAAUUACAUAUAAAUUUUUAAACGUUAACACGGAAAAUGAAAAAAAUAUAGAUACCCUUUAAAAAACUGUAUAUAUUG